GGGCUCGGCCGGACGGGGCAGCCCGUCAGGCACUCAGGCCGGCCUGACAUGAAGUUUCAUCUCUGGUUUAUUUGUUGGUAAAGUCAAUAUCUUUGCCCCAAUUCCGACAUCCCUCCCCCACCAAGAUCGUAGUAUUAAGCAUGGCUAUUCAGCUAUGUUACGAUCCGUCAAAGACUGAAAGAGAAGUACACAAUUGUGUUCUAUUUCCUCCGGAAUCUGGUUUCCACCUUGCGUGUUCAUGCGAAGAGUGUGUUCCAAAACUAAGAGAGCUAGCUGGUUUCGAGGAAAAGCUUAAAUCCAAGUGGCGGCUUGUCAAUGAUUAUCUAUACCAAAUCAAUUGGUCACACGAGCGGUGCGUGUUUCUUUCUACCACUGUUGAGCGCACAAAAAAAUUACUGGAUUUACUCCGUGAUAACCUCUCAAGAGUAUCUCAGAAGUCUGGAAUUUCAUUUACGCUUACAAGAAGUGCUUCUGUUGCCAAACUUGAAGAAACCGAUUUGAAAAUAGCUAGACUGCUAGUACAGCAUGGCCUGAUUGAUGACUUUGAGAAUGAAAAUGCGAUUGAGAUAUGUGAUGAUGUUGGUGGUGGUGGUCAUGAUGAUGAUGUUGAUGAAGAGGAUGGGAAUGGGGAUGAGGAAGAGGAAGAGGAUAAAACUGAUGAGAUUCUCCCCAUUGGACCUAAGGUCAAUUCUCUGCUAUACUUUUAUGGGGAAACCAAGGUUAAAGGUGCUGCGCAUAGCCUACUAGAGGAUAUUAAUAAUCUAGAAAAAGAACUCUGGAAUGCUAAGAAAUCCGCUGAAGCAGAGAAUAAACCAAUGGAUCCCUUGAUUUCCACGAAGUACUUUGAAGGGAAAAUUAGGCUUCUAAAGAUGUUGCCGGUUGAGGAACUGUAUGAUGAAGUUAAUGAGCUGCUUCCUCAACUUACCCACAGGCAUGAGAAAGUGGAAAGAGCUCUCACAGCAUUGGAUGACAUGUCCACUACUAUUCGUGCUAUGAUACAAAUUAGGAACGAGUUCUUGCAGAAACACAAUAAAUGUGUGGUAUGAUUUCGUCCUUGACAAACGGAAAUGGAAAUAAACACAAUUUGAUGGGAUUUGGAGAAACCCUUGAUUCACUACUCACCAAGGCAAAAUUGUUCAAGGAUCGUUGGGAGACGGACUAUGCCCCUUUCUUUAGUGCAUAUGAUCGGUUGGACCCUAAAAGGCAACGGACUGAAUAAAUGCUGUGGAUGGUUUUGCCUCCGAUUAGUUGUCGAAGUUAAAUAUCUGACGUUUCUUCUGGGUGGGGGUAUUGUAUUUUUUUAACAAACCACCACGCUGGCUGGGCUGAUCUUAAGUUUGCCUUGGGAAUCAUUCAGUCUUAUGCCUGAUAAAUGCCUUGGGUUACAUAUUGUACUUCUAAACUUGUAUUAUUAUGAAAUUCAAGUUUGUGAGGUGGUUUUUAAAAUGCUAAAAGCUGUAAGAAGCAUUGACUUAAUAUAAGGUUUCUAGUCGUGGUAAUCAAUGUGCAGUAUGUUUGGAGGUACUUAUAAUACUCCAUGUCUCUU